GCUACGCGAGGCUAAUGUGUGUCAUGUGGGUGCUGACGUAUGGCAUCUUUGUAGCUGGUGUGUGCACGAGUGUUACAACCGCUGCAGAUGGCGCAGAUUCAGGCACUUGUGAUAAAGACGGAUUAUGUGAUGAUUCUCGACAACUUCCCAGCAUCACUGUAAUUGUUCCUACUUGCUACAUGCGUCACAAAUUUCACCCGAAUCUCAUCAAAAUGUUUCAACAUCAGACCUAUUCUGGCCAUUUAGAGCUACAUCUACACGAUGGAGCUUGUGGCAAGUCGGACUCAUCCAAAAGUGCCAAAUCCAAUGAAGUCACCAAAGCAGCCAAAAAUGAUCCACGAAUAAAGUAUCAUUUUGACUCAACAACAUCAUCAACUCCAGGCGAGAAUGGAGUGUUGUCUCUCGGUGCUAAACGAAAUUGGCUGCUAGAGAGAGUGGAGACGGAACUCGUCGCUCAUUUUGAUGAUGAUGAUUACUAUGCACCCAAUUAUCUACAAGAGAUGGUCACCAAGCUCAUUGAUAACAAUGCAGAUUUUGUCAAGCUUGAUGGUUGGUUCAUGUAUGGAGAGGAUUACUCAGAAGGUCAGCGACGUGAUGCGUUUGUGUAUUAUGAUUUCUCUAAAGGCAACUAUCUCGGAUGGGGCUGGACCCUACUGUACAAGAGAAGCCUAUGGGGAGAAUUCAAGUAUGAUGACAAGAUGUUUAUGGAAGAAGACAGAUUUGUGUCUCAAAUUGAAAGGAGGGGAUACAAGAUCCAUCACUUCGGCGACCACGACUACCUUGCAUUAAAAAUUGUUACUCGAUCCGUGGUGCGUGCUACAGGCAUGCCACUGUGUGUGAGUCAACGCACCGGAGAUCGAUCUUGUGUACGCUAUGAUCUACCGAAAUUCCUACUAAACAAAGGAUUCGGCGAAAGAGUCCAAUCAUGGCUGAAGAUGUGGGACGUCUAAAUCAUUCAAUAAAUUACAAUCAUGUAGAUGUAUUGUCAAUUACAGAAAUGAACCUGAUUACGUACAUACUCAAUGCUACAACGUUGUCUCUU